AUGGACAUUGCAAAUUCAAUCAACCCGAAUUUCAAGUUGCCAACCAUGACGCGCAAGCCAGAUUCUACGGAUAUGCAGUGUCCGAAACAGCGAAGGUGCGGUUGGUUCGUGCUGCUUUCCAGUUGGUCAUUGAAACGAACUGUACGCAUUCAGCGUCUGCGGUCUAAAAGAGAGAGUUUGAACCCAACUGACGUGAAAGGGAUUUCCCCCAACUCAGCCUAUGUGACCUCGUUCACGACACAUCUCCUCAAACAACGCCUCAUUCCGACCCACCACACACCUCAUCCGGUUCCUCAGCAACACACUGCGUCGCCUGCAUCACCACCGACAUUCAGCGACCAAUCAUCUGAGGCGGCAGAAUUAUCUUCGCGUCAGUUGGACGGACAUCAAAUCACCGAGCUGGACGCUGUCGAAAGGAAACUGUAA